AUGGACUACGAGGCAGACCGUCAGAAACGGGAGGUAUAUCGAUAUUUCCAACCGGAAAAUCCAGCGGCGCUUAAUGCAUCACUUUUCCAAUUUGAUGAGCAUCUGGCCGCAAUAGCAGAUUUUUCAAGAGUCACAACCCCUUUUGUACCCGAUGCCUCUGCCUCAGAGAGAAGUUUUGUCGAAGGCAGCUCUCCGUCAAGCCCAAAUACAACUUUGACUUCUUUUGCACAACUGGCCGCUCUACGCCUGAACGCGCAGCGUGCUUUUAUUACUGUAUUGAACAGCGACUCUCAGUUUAUAUUGGCUGAAGCCACAAGAAACACCAAUCUUAAAAGCUCAAGGUCAUCCGUUGGGGAAGGGGAUAGGCUCUUUGCUGGGACAUCGACAUUGUCAGAUUCUUGGAAUAUAUGCCAGGAGACAGUUGCGAUUGACUCAGACAACAAAGAUGGAUCGUAUUCAUUUUUAAUCGUCAACGAUCUUCAGCGGGAAGAACGAUUCAGAGGAUUGCCUUUUGUGACACACGAGCCACACUCUCGGUUUUAUGCCGGAACUCCCCUAACUAGUGAUAGCGGUAUCAACCUGGGCUGUCUGUUUGUGUUGGAUUCUGAACCCCGUCAAGGGCUAUCCGAUAUCGAGAAGGAUACAUUAGGAAAAGUGGCGGAGUUGGUAAUGGACUAUUUAUUAGUUAGUCGUCAAGCCGCAGAAGGGCGACGGGCCUCACGGCUAUCACGUGGUCUCCAUCUUUUCGUCGAUGGCAACUCCAGUUUUGCCAGCAACGCUCACAUGUCGUCUCGAUCGAACAGCUCAGCACAUAGUUCGUCUCCGCAGGCAUCACCUCACCUCAGAACCCGCCAACCUAUAAGCCCCCAAAACGAUGAAUUGGAAUUUUGCUCAGCACAGACUGGACCAGGAAAUGCGUCUCGAAACGGCGAUGCACAACCUUUGAGCCCGGAUUCCAAGUAUAAUUAUAUGUGUGCUCCCCCUAGUCCAACGGAAUCGUUGCGCAGCUCGCAACAGGACGACAGUAGUUCAGAGGAUUCCUCGAGCAGCAACCACUGGCUUUUCCAACGUGCUGCGAACCUCUUGCGACAAAGUCUGGACUUGGACGGCGCUGGCGGUGUCAUGUUCUUGGAGGCUAGUGACAACUCCUCCGAAUAUGUCGCAGCCGGUCAUAGUGACUCUGCUGGAUCCACAGAUCCUGCUCCUAUUCUUGCGCUGUCCACCAGAGGUGAUCCGUUUUCAUACCAAGCAAGCUCUACGCUGUCGGAUCCAGCUGUCAACCUUAACAACAGAUUCCUGAAACAGUUGACGCGUCGCUAUCCUAAAGGGAAACUCUGGUCAUUUCACCGCGAUGGGACGUUCUCAACGUCGGAAGAUCAGUCAACAGACGAUUCCAGAAAGCAAAGGAAGAAGACCAAGGCUUCAGAGACCAGCAAACUUAAUGAGUUCUUCCCUGCUGCAUCUCAAAUCAUGUUUGUCCCACUGUGGAAUGCCACAGAUUCCCAGUGGUUCGCCGGGUGCUUUUGUUGGACUCCCCGGCCAACGCGAGUUUUCAGUCCUGCUGUUGAUCUGAGUUCAGUAUUUGCCUUCGGCUCUUCUAUUAUGACCGAAUACAGCCGUGUUGAAUCAGUCAUCGCGGACCGCCAGAAAGGGGAUUUUAUAAGCAGCAUAUCCCACGAAUUACGCAGCCCGUUGCAUGGUGUUCUAGCUGCAGCCGAGUUCUUCGGAAGUACUACCUUGGACCAGUUCCAAGAAACCCUCCUUGAUACAAUAAAUGCAUGCGGUCGAACUCUCUUGGAUACAAUGAACCAAGUUCUAGACUUCAGCAAAAUCAUGUCAUUGGAAAGACACAAGAAAACCUUCAGGCGUGGAAAAGAUCCAUGGAAACCUAAAUCAUCCGAGGACACUGUGCCGCGCCUGGAUACCUUGGUUUUGACAGAUGUGGCUCUCUUGACAGAAGAUGUCAUAGACAGCGUGUGCUUGGGUCAUUCCCAUAUACAGAAGUCAGCCAUGUCCACCAAUCGUGCCACAGAUAUCCUGUCAACACUGCCUUCCAAAUCAACAUCAAAUACCAACGAAGUUGGUCACAUCUCAGGAGUGGACGUCGUUGUUGACAUUCCUGACAAUGACUGGAUGUACAAAGUCCAGCCGGGAUCGCUGAGACGCUUAAUUAUGAAUAUCCUUGGCAAUGCACUGAAGUACACCGAAAAGGGUCGGAUCUCUGUUUGCAUCGAGGCUACUGAGCGCUCAAAAGGUCGCUCUCGGCGCCAAGGUCUCGAAGAUAUGGUGACAUUGACCGUCUCAGACACGGGUAAGGGAAUCUCGAAGCAAUAUCUUCAGAAGAACUUAUUCAUUCCAUUCUCACAAGAGGAUCCGCUGUCAGUAGGCACUGGUCUCGGCCUAUCAAUUGUUCGCGGCAUUGUGAAGACCCUCAACGGAAAAAUUAAUAUUCGAAGCCGACAGGGCGAAGGCACUAUUGUCAAAGUGUCGCUUCCUCUUGAACGUCUAGUGGGGGAAGAAAGCCCACGAUCAACGUCAGAAAGAGAAAAUUCGGACCAAAAUAUACUCACGGCAUCUUCUCAACCCCGACGUGCCAGCUGUAAUGGGAAACGUGCUGCUAUCUGGGGAAUCGACCCGUCUCGUCUUGGCGAGAAUCAGUUCUGGGCUUCCAUGGCUCGGUAUAUCACGGAUUGGUAUGGUCUGCAGCUUGUUCCUCUGUCUACCAAUGAGCCUAUAGAUAUUCUGUUUGCGGAUGAAAGGGAUUUGUCUACAAAAGAAAUACACAAUUUCCCACCAGAAUUGCCAAGUCUGCUCGUCUUUUGCAGCGAGACUAGCGAUUAUGGUGAGUCUAGGGCACAAUGGUCGCAUCUUGCUGACACUCUGGCAAUCCUACAUCGGCCUUGCGGUCCACGGAAACUUUCCCGUGGUAUCUUGAGCUGUCUUAAUACAAAGCCGACAGCCCCUACGUUGAAACCGCAGAAUCCCAGGCAAGGCUUAGUACUUCCAGAGCGACCCAAUCCUGCAGGCUCGGCUUUGCCAAUUAGACAGUCCAAUCCCUCAUUACCAGGAAAUCUACGAUCACCAGAUGCUAAACCACCAAUUCCCAUGGCGGCGUCAGGCAAUUGCAUCAUUGGUCUUACAGGGCGUAGCGCUUUUGUAUCGACAUCGCGUACCGACAGCUCUGGCUGCACAACAUCCGGGAGUACUGAUUCCACCAAUCCUGGGUCUUUAUCUACUCAGUCUUCAUCUGGAGGCUCAGAUCAUGUCACUACCUUAACUGGGAGCCAAAGCAGGCCUCGGGUCUUGGUGGUAGAUGACAACAACAUCAACCUUCAUCUUAUGAUGACUCUCAUGAACAAACGAAAAGUCAGGGUCCUAGAUAAAGCCGAAAAUGGCAGAGCGGCCGUGGAUGCAGUCGAAAGGAUGUUGCAGGGAUAUGACCUUAUUUUCAUGGACAUGUCUAUGCCAGUUAUGAACGGAUUUGAGGCAACGCGCGCCAUUCGUGCAAUUGAGAAAGAACGGGGUGACUGUAUGCCAGCCACAAUAAUCGCUUUGACCGGACUCAGCAGUACACGCGAUGAGUUCAGGGCCCUGGACUCAGGAGUUGACCUUUUCCUUAUGAAGCCUGUUUCUUUUAGGGAGUUAUCCAGGCUUAUUGAUGAAUGGGAGGCCAAACUGCCGAAAUAA